AUGUCUUCUGAUAUUUUUAAUAAUGAAUAUGUGUCAGAUUUUGAAGAUUCAAAACUUGAUAACACUCAAGAAACUUUAAUUAAUAAUAACCUUGAGAACUUAAAUUUAGAAGAAACAAGUGAUAUCAUUGAUAUUCCUAUAAAUGAAUCUGUAGAUGAACCAACUUUUACUUUAGAAGAUAAUCAACAAAAAGGAAAAACUUCUUCUUCAGUCUGGAAAUUUAUGUAUAAAAAAUACAAUGAUGAAGGAAAAUUUAUAGCAAUAGUUUGUAAUUUGUGUAAAAAGGAAUAUGAAACAAAAACUUCAACAAGUCCACUUAAAGAACAUUUAAUUAAAGAGCAUAAGCAUAAUGUCAUUAUUAAACAACAAACAAAAUUGAAUUUUAUUAAAAAACCAUAUGACAAAGAUGAUGUUAUUAGAAUAAAAGAUUACAAUGAUGCUCUUCUUAAUUUAGUUAUUGGAUAUCAACUACCUUUUGCUAUUGUAAAUAAUAAAUGGUUUGAUGAAUUUUGCAAAACAAUGGAUUUAAGAUUUACAUUACCUUUUUGA